AUGGAGCUGAGCCUGGAGAGCCUGGGGGGCCUGCACGGCGUGGCCCACGCGCAGGCGGGCGAGCUGCUGAGCCCGGGCCACGCGCGCUCGGCGGCGGCGCAGCACCGCGGCCUGGUGGCGCCCGGGCGCCCGGGCCUGGUGGCCGGCAUGGCGAGCCUGCUGGACGGCGGGGGCGGCGGCGGGGGCGCCGGGGGCGCGGGCGGCGCGGGCGGCGCGAGCGGCGGCGCCGACUUCCGCGGGGAGCUGGCGGGCCCGCUGCACCCCGCCAUGGGCAUGGCCUGCGAGGCGCCCGGCCUGGGCGGCACCUACACGACGCUCACGCCCCUGCAGCACCUGCCGCCGCUCGCGGCCGUGGCCGACAAGUUCCACCAGCACGCGGCGGCCGCGGCGGUGGCCGGGGCGCACGGCGGCCACCCGCACGCACACCCGCACCCCGCGGCCGCGCCGCCCCCGCCGCCCCCGCCGCAGCGCCUGGCGGCCAGCGUGAGCGGCAGCUUCACCCUCAUGCGCGACGAGCGCGCGGCGCUGGCCUCCGUGGGCCACCUCUACGGGCCCUACGGCAAGGAGCUGCCCGCCAUGGGGUCGCCGCUGUCGCCCCUGCCCAACGCGCUGCCGCCCGCGCUGCACGGCGCCCCGCAGCCCCCGCCGCCGCCGCCGCCGCCGCCCCUGGCCGCCUACGGCGCGCCGGGCCACCUGGCCGGGGACAAGCUGCUGCCGCCCGCCGCCUUCGAGCCGCACGCCGCGCUGCUGGGGCGCGCCGAGGACGCGCUGGCUCGCGGGCUGCCCGGAGGCGGCGGCGGCGGCGGCGGCGGCGCGGGCGGCGGGGGCACCGCGGGGCUGCUGGCGCCGCUGGGCGGGCUGGCGGCCGCCGGGGCGCACGGGUCCCACGCGGGCGGCGGCGGCCCGGGCGCGGGCGGCGGCGGCCCCGGGGCGGGCGCGGCGGCCGAGGAGAUCAACACCAAGGAGGUGGCGCAGCGCAUCACCGCGGAGCUGAAGCGCUACAGCAUCCCGCAGGCCAUCUUCGCGCAGCGCAUCCUGUGCCGCUCGCAGGGCACGCUCUCCGACCUGCUGCGCAACCCCAAGCCCUGGAGCAAGCUCAAGUCGGGCCGGGAGACCUUCCGCAGGAUGUGGAAGUGGCUGCAGGAGCCCGAGUUCCAGCGCAUGUCGGCGCUGCGCCUGGCAGCCUGCAAGCGCAAGGAGCAGGAGCAGCAGAAGGAGCGCGCGCUGCAGCCCAAGAAGCAGCGCCUGGUGUUCACCGACCUGCAGCGGCGCACGCUCAUCGCCAUCUUCAAGGAGAACAAGCGGCCGUCCAAGGAGAUGCAGGUCACCAUCUCGCAGCAGCUCGGCCUGGAGCUCAACACCGUCAGCAACUUCUUCAUGAACGCGCGGCGCCGCUGCAUGAACCGCUGGGCCGAGGAGCCGGGCGCCGCGCCCCCGGGCCCCGCCGGCAGCGCCGCCUUCUCCAAGGCCUGA